AUGUCUUCGGUCACAGUGCAGGACGAUGCGGCGCUGCUGGCCGCGCUUGGCCACAAGCAGGAGCUCAAACGCCAGUUCUCCUUUUUCUCAAUGGCUGCGAACGCGGUCAUUACCGCCAGUGCUUGGACUGCCAUGAUCGGAUCAAUCAUAACUUCAAUCUACAAUGGCGGCGCAUCUGGCUUGCUCUAUGCCUGGAUCGUCGAUAACAUCUUCUUUCUGUUUGUCGCCCUGUCCAUGGCGGAGCUGACGUCGGCCAUGCCCACGUCCGCCGGAGUCUACCACUGGUCAGCCGCCUUGGCCGGCCCGCGGUUCGCCAAGCCCAUUGGCUUCCUGACUGGGUAUUUCAAUGUUCUGGGAUAUACACUCGGUCUUGCUUCGCUGUACGCAGUGGCUGGUCUAGAGAUAACCGGCCUGUAUCAGCUCUGGCAUCCGGAAUACCAUAGUCAGCCAUGGCACGUUUUCGUCGUCUUCGUGGUUCUCACCUGGUCUGCCGCGCUUUUUGUCCAGUUCGGUAACAAGAUCUUGCCUUUGUAUACCAAGAUCGGCCUGUUCGUCAACGUGGGCGUGUGGUUUGUUGUCGUGAUAUGCCUCGCCGCCAUUCCCAAAACUCACUCAUCCAACUCAUUCGUAUGGAAAGAGUAUACAAACAUGACGGGCUGGCCCACUGGCGUUUCCUUUAUUCUCGGCCUCGUGGGACCGGCCUUUGCCAUCGGAACCGUCGACAGUUCCACGCAUAUGGCCGAGGAGAUCCCUAAUCCGUCGAAGAAUAUCCCUAAGACUAUCCUGGUUCAGUGGCUUGGAUCAUUUUUGAUGGGCUUUAUUGUUCUAAUUGCUAUUUUCUACUCGGCCGGCUCCCUCGAGGCCAUCUUGAACUCGCAGCCCAACUACCCCGUCGCUAGCAUUAUGGACCAGGCUUUUGGCAACACACAUGCGGCUUUUGGAUGUGGCUUGAUUAUCUUCAUUGCCUCCUUGACCGGGCAAGUUGGCUUCCAAAUUGUUGCUGUCAGAAGCAUUUGGGCCUUUGCGCGUGACGGUGCGCUGCCAUUCUCUGACUUCUUCUCAAAGAUUGAUGAGCGCAGCGUGAUGCCAGCCAGAGCGAAUAUCUUGAUCGCUGUUAUAACCACUGCUCUAGGUGCGCUGUAUGUCGCAUCGACCAUUGCAUUCAACGCCCUCGUUGCCUCCUAUGCCGUCAUGUCCACAACUUCUUUCGGCUUUGCCAUUGGUGUUCAUCUGUUUACCGGUCGCAAGAGAGUCGCGCCUGGGUGGUUCUAUCUCGGUGAUGGGUUCCUGGGCUUUGCCAUCAAUGGUAUUGCCAUCAUCUAUAUCCUGGUUUCAAAUGUGUUCUUCUGCCUGCCAUACACCCGCCCACCGGUAACUGCGCAAACGAUGAACUAUACUUCUCUUGUGUCAUAUGGAAUGGCAAUCCUCGUUGUCAUCUGGUGGUUCAUUGGCGGUCGAAAGUCAUACAAGGGACCAAAGCUUUCAGAGGAGACUCAAGAAGCCCUCGAAGGGAUGGUGGCUCAACCAGGGAAUCAUGUUGAAAGAGACUCUGUGUGCCUGACGGAGAAAUCCUAA